AACAAAAACAACAACAACAAUAACAACAACUUAAAUCCCUUGAUAGAAUAAUAAACAUUGCGUUUAAAAACAACAACAACAACGAAAUGGUAAGAGACAACUAUUAAAUUGUUUUAAAAAGAAAUUUUUUAGCAAGCUGUUUACGAUACGUUGUAGAAACGAAGGACAGAAAAAAAAGAAAGGAAAAUUGUAUUUCUUGAAUAAUUUAUAUUUCAAAACGCCUGCUGAAAGGAACGAUGGAAAUGUCAAAUAUCACGCUGAAAUGUAUACUAGAAACAUCUUAUGUUCAUAGAAGAUAAAUAAAGAUAGCUUUACACACACACACACAUACACACAUAUAUACAGUGUUGAAUUGUAGACGAGACAUACACUUAAACAAGAGACAAUGGCAAAAAUAGUCGAAAUUGCCGAAGAGCAUUUGUGGGACUCUAUAUGUGGAGAAUCUGAUGAUCCGUUUCCUGUGCGCUCAAAAGAUGAUGUUCUUCAUGAAGACUAUGACCCAGCAUUGCACCAUCCUGUUUUCUGUGGUUAUUUGUGUGCCAAAGUAGACACCUAUGAAGAUGCAGCAGCAGAUUUUGACCCAGCUACCAGCCAUCCUGCAUGUGUGGGUUACGUCCUCAUCGAUAUACCUAAAAAGCAUGUUAAACGCAAGUGUGAUGAAGCUCCUGACCCCCAAACAUGUGAACCAAGUGAUUAUCUGCAGUAUUAUAUAUUCCCACUGUUGGUUCCUGCGUUGACAGAAGUUUUGAGACAGGCCAAAAUAGAAAACUGCUUUGUGAGGAAAAGAACCAAAUUUAACUGUGCAGAUUUCCUGACAGAAUAUCUGUAUAAGAACAAUCCAAAUUAUAACGAUCGGCAGGAUGUUACUUUGUGGGAUAUUCCAUUUGUUAAAGAAUGGCUUAAAGACCAUACCCGAGUAGCAUUACCAAAAUCUUUGCUAUGGAGUGACGAAGAGGCAUGUAUUGUGAUACAGUCAUUUUGGCGAGGAUAUAAGGUACGCUGUCAGCCUGAAAUUCAAGAACUACGACGAUGGCAGUGGGACUGGAAAGAAGAGAACAGAGGAAUACGGCUACAAGUUAAUGAAUUUUGGAACAAGAGAAUGCCUAACUAUCAUUCUGCAAUAGACAGUGACGAAAAUAUUUCCUCCACCAUUAUUCAAUAACUUGGAGGAAACAUCAUACGACAGAAAUGAAUGAAGUUUUUGGCGGGUGGGAGACAUUGUACAUCAUUUCUUUGAUGGAAUGUGUAACGUUCAUUUCAUACAAAGGAUGUGGAUAUAAUGUAAGCAUAAUGAUAACAGUGGUGGUUGUGGAAAAAUAACAGUUUGAGGCAUUUAUAUAUAUAAGUGAAUUAUAAAGUAUUAAACCUUAAAUCUUUAAUCUUU